AUGUCUGAAUCCUCUAUCGAUUCACUUGAAAAAUUGUAUGCAAGAAGAUGUCAUUGUGGUCUCAAUGCUUUAAAUUUGACGGCUUGGACUGAUUUGAAUGCAGGGAGAAGGUUCUACAAAUGUCCUAGACCCAAAGCCACUUCAUGUGGAUAUUGGGAAUGGCAAGACAAACAACAACUCCCACCAAGAGCAGUAACUGUUAUAAUGGACUUAAAGGGUAAAUUGGAUGUUAUGAAGGUUGAAAGAAACAAAUUGAAACGGAUUGUCGAUGGAAUGGAAAAAGCUGAAAGGGACAAUCUGGAAAUUUUGUUUGAAGAAACGAAAUUUAUUUCAGCCCAAGAAGCUGGAAAACUUAUGCUUUUGGAGAAGAAAAUCAAAAAAUUGAAAACUAUCAUUUUCAUUUCAUGUGCUUUGUUCGUUGUGUUUGUUGCAAGGAUCAUGAAGUGA